CUCUUUGGCUUGUAAAUCUCAUUUUGGUUGGUGAAAUGGGAAAUUGAUGAAAUUUUUGCUUAUAUUUUUAUUUUGGUUCCCUUUUAUUACAUGGACGAUAUGAAUUCAUUUGUUUGCGUAUGAGAUUGGCCCCUAGAAUCGCAUUGUAAUUGCACAGAUUCCAGCUAAAAUCUGAUUGAAUAGGAAAAAUGUUAGCAGGUUCCAACUAAAAUUUGAGGAACUUGAAGAAUGUUAGCGUUUGGAAAUUCACUAUUUUAUGAUGUGAUAUGCAAAUCGAUACUUCCGAAAAGAAAUUGGAAUUUAGCCAGAUUUGUUAGGGUUGAAGUGGAUACGGCGUCGUUUCAGUGCUUGCUAUUGGGGCUCUUCGUUGAUUCGUUACUCAUCUUGGCCCAUCAACAGAAAAUGCAAAUUAUAUUAGUACUUUUACCAGAGAAGCCCAUCCUGGCAAUGAGAGGAUUGAGUUAAUCCAGAAUCAUCUUUUACAUCCCACCCGUCAAACAUUCCACGUUGGCAAUCUGUGACUUUGAAACUCACGGGUCCCUCACUCGCUUUAGGGUUAGGCAUUAAUCGUAAACCAGCAAUGAGUUCCGGAGGAUCAACCAAGGGAGGCAGAGGCAAGCCGAAGUCAUCAAAAUCGGUUUCCAGAUCUCAAAAGGCUGGUCUCCAGUUUCCCGUCGGUCGUAUCGCCCGUUUUCUCAAAGCUGGAAAGUACGCCGAUCGCGUCGGUGCUGGCGCCCCCGUUUAUCUCUCCGCUGUCCUCGAGUACCUCGCUGCUGAGGUUCUUGAACUUGCUGGCAAUGCUGCUAGGGACAACAAGAAAAACCGUAUCGUCCCAAGGCACAUUCAGCUUGCUGUGAGGAAUGAUGAAGAGCUUAGCAAGCUCUUGGGAACUGUUACUAUUGCAAAUGGGGGUGUUUUGCCAAAUAUCCAUCAAAAUCUGUUGCCAAAGAAAAUGGGGAAAGGGAAAGGUGAUAUUGGUUCUGCAUCGCAAGAGUUUUAAGAGUGUUGUUAAUGUUGCUAUGUGAAGUUUUAUGUUUUGAAACUUCGAAAUUUGGUUAAGAAUGGGAUUGGAGAUUAUCACAGUGUACUUGUGAUCCUUUUUGCUCCAUGUAAGCAUUAGUUUUUGGGAGGGUUUUAUGGUUGAAUACAGAAAAGAUAAACAGCAAUUUUGUUAUUACCCAUCUCUAUAUGUGAUGGUGCUGAGCUUUUGAUUUAUAUAAUUAAUGGAAUUAUGUGUUUUAAAUAGUCA